GCGGCAGCGGGCGGGCCACACGGCGGCGGGCGACAUGGCCGUGUCCUGGAGGAGCUGGCUGGCCAACGAGGGGGUGAAGCACCUCUGCCUGCUCAUUUGGCUGUCCUUGAAUGUCCUGCUUUUCUGGAAAACCUUCCUGCUGUACAACCAAGGGCCAGAGUAUCACUACCUCCACCAGAUGCUGGGCCUAGGAUUGUGUCUAAGCAGAGCCUCUGCAUCUGUUCUCAACUUCAACUGCAGCCUUAUUCUUCUACCCAUGUGCCGGACACUCCUGGCUUUUCUGCGAGGUUCAAGUAAGAUCCCAAGCAGAAUGACCAGAAGAAUGCUGGAUAAGAGCAGGACUUUUCACAUCACCUGUGGGGUUACCAUCUGUAUUUUUUCAGGUGUACAUGUGGCUGCCCACCUGAUAAAUGCCCUCAACUUCUCAGUGAACUACAGUGAAGAUUUCCUUGAGCUGAAUGCAGCAAGAUAUCGACAUGAGGAUCCUAGAAAACUUCUCUUCACAACUGUUCCUGGCCUGACUGGAGUCUGCAUGGUCCUGGUGCUGUUUCUCAUGGUCACAGCUUCUACUUAUGCAAUAAGAGUUUCCAGCUAUGACAUCUUCUGGUAUACACACAACCUCUUCUUUAUCUUCUACAUGUUGCUGAUGUUGCAUGUGUCAGGAGGACUGUUGAAGUACCAGACUAAUUUAGAUACCCACCCUCCUGGCUGUAUGAAUCUCAACCGAACUCGAUACCAGGAAGUCUUACUGGGGAACCUCCCACAAUAUUUUCCUGACUCUUCACUGGGAGGGUUUUCCACACUGGAAGAGCCUAAUCGGAACACACUUGUGAAGAUUUGUGUGGAAGAGCCCAGGUUCCAAGCUAACUUUCCACAGACGUGGCUUUGGAUUUCUGGACCUUUGUGCCUCUACUGUGCUGAAAGACUUUAUAGGUGCCUCCGGAGCAAUAAGCCUGUCACCAUUGUCUCUGUUAUUAGUCAUCCCUCAGAUGUCAUGGAAAUUCGAAUGGUUAAAGAAAAUUUUAAAGCAAGACCUGGCCAGUACAUUAUUCUACAUUGUCCGAGUGUGUCUGCAUUAGAAAACCAUCCAUUUACACUAACAAUGGUUGGUGAAGAACAACAUGAGGAUUUUGAAGGAAAUUACAUUGAAUCUGUAGAUGGACUUCGACAGUAUUUCCAUUUUCAUGAUACUAAUUCUGCCUCUCCGUGA